UAAUUCAUAUGACGUCAAAAAAAAAUGGAAAUAAUUUACCUUUUAUCAUCCUAUAUCAUUAUCAUCAUCGUACUUUUAAUUGGUAGUGGUCAAUCCAGUUUAAAUUUUCAUCAUUCAAGAUCAACACGUCAUUCAAAAAAAACAACAUCAUCGAAUAAUAAUAAUGAUAUCAUUGAUUUUCGUUAUAACACUGGUCGUAUUGAUGGUAUCAUUAAUUUUAUUAAUGGUUCAUUAUUAAUAAUAAGUAAUGGUUAUUAUUGGUUACUUGAUUAUAAUAAUCCAUUACCAUCAACAUAUAAUGUUAAUGGUCGUGUUGAACAAUUAUACGAUGGAUUUGAUAAAAUUGAUGCAAUGUGGAUAGAUCCAUAUAAUGAUAUUAGUCCACAAAUUUAUCUUAUAUCCAAUUCACCUGAAUAUGGUCUACGUGUUGUUUGUAAAGAAUUUGAUGAUGAACCAUUUAAUGAUGUUUCAAGUUUUUGUCAUCUACCAGUUGAUAAUCGAUGGUUAACAGCAUUAAAAGAUUUGGAUCCUAAUCGACCAAUUGAUGCAGCAACAUGGCGUAAUCGUACAAAAAAUCAAGAUGGUGGUUUUUGGGUAUUUUUUCAAGGGAGAAAAAUGAUUACUAUCGAUCCAUAUGAAAUGAAACUUCGAUUCACUUAUGACAUACAAAAAUGGAUGUCCAUCAACGAUUCAUUAACAGCUGCAUUCUUUGAUUAUCGUAAAAGUAUCUAUCAUUUGUUUUUAGAUAAUAAUCGAUAUUAUACAUGGACAGUGAAUAUUUCGUAUAUGAAUAGUUUACCAAUGUCAUGGGAUCGAGCUUUUCUUCAUGGCAAACUUAGUCCAUUGAUGCAGAUUAAUCGAGAUUUUUUCGGAUUUCCCGAAAAAGAUAUACGACCUUAUCCACAACCUUAUUUAAGGAAAAAUUCUCAAGAUAUUCAAACAAAUCAUAUAGUGCCUGGCGAAGAAUUCGAUGAUGAUAUGGAUGUACGACGUCGACGAUUAUCAACAACAACAACAACGACAACCUUAGCUCCAAGACAUUGGUUACCACGAAAACCAAUUCAACCUAAAUUGCCUUAUAAUUAUAAUCAAAGAAACAAUGAAAAUAAACAUGAUAAUAAUGAUGAUCGUUCAAAUUUUAUUCAAACUGAUUAUGAUUCUCAUCUUUGGCGUUUAAAACAAGAAAAUGUUCGUGAUUUUAUUCCAAUCAAAUCGAAUCAUAUACGUCAAACAGAUAUUUCAUCCGAAGCAUUGUUGGUUCAUUCGUCAACAUCAUUAUCUUCAACAUCGUCAACAAACAUCUCGAAACCUUGUACAAAAAUGAUUUAUUUCAUCACAGUUUUU